AUGGGCUUCCAUCCAAUCGAACUCCGCAUCCAAAUCCUCGGCCUCUCUGCCUUCGGCGUCGACUCGAAAGAAAUAGCAGCAGCGCUAGACGUCCCCGUCCGCAGCGUCCAGAGGAUCAUCCAACGCGCCAAAGAGCGGGGAUUCGAUCCCGCAACAGACCCGCGCGUCAAGAUGGAGUACGUAGAGGAUGCGGAGAGGUCUGGACGACCGAAAAAGGGAAGUAAGGUAAUGGCAGCGAAGUCGCAGGCUGGGUCUACAUCUGGAUCUGAGUCUGUUGUUGCAGCCGGGUCUGAGGUCGGGGACGGGAACAGGAACUCGAUGCCUGAGGCUCAGGCCUGA